ACAGAAAUGAGCCGUCGGACUUCCAAGGCAUUACCUACAGGUACCUCAAAGUGUCCACCGUCCCAGAGGGUACCUGGCCAGACUAACACAACUACAUCUAUCAUUGACUUGGCCAAUCUUUUUGAGUGUGUAGUCUGCUUUGACUAUGUGAUACCACCCAUCCUUCGUUGUCAGCGUGGUCACAUCCUAUGCAGCAACUGUCGGCCAAAGCUCACAUAUUGUCCAACUUGCCAGGGACCAUUGGGAUCUAUUCGCAGCGUCGCUAUGGAGAAAGUGGUCAAUUUAGUACUUUUCCCUUGUAAAUAUGCCUCUUCUGGGUGUGGAAUAACUCUGCCGCCCACAGAAAAAGCAGACCACGAAGAGCUCUGUGGCUUUAGACCUUACACCUGUCCGUGCCCUGGUGUUUGCUGUAAAUGGCAAGGCCCUUUGGAUGCUGUCAUGCGACAUCUGACGCGUAAACAUAAGUCAAUUGUAGCACUACGGGGAGAGAAAAUCGUUUUCCUUGCUACAAAUAUUAAUCUUCCUGGUGCUGUUGACUGGGUGAUGAUGCAGUCCUGUUUUGGCUUUCAAUUCAUGCUGUUCUUAGAGAAAAAGGAAAAAUACGAUGGCCAAGAGCAGUUCUUUGCAAUUCUGCAGCUGAUAGGAACACCCCAGCAAGCGGAAAAUUUUAUUUACCGACUUGAACUGAAUGGUCUUAGGCGGCGAUUGACUUGGGAAGCAACUCCUCGGUCUAUUCAGGAGGGAAUUGAAACAGCCAUUAUGAAGAGUGACUGCUUAGUCCUUGACACAACCACUGCACAGCUUUUUGCAGAAAACGGCAAUUUAGCCAUCAAUGUAACCAUUGCCAAGUGUUGA